UCCGCAUGCCGGCCCUGAGCGCGCAGUGACGUCAGCGCGCCCGCCCCUUCUUCCUUCUCUUCCAGUCCUCCAUCAGCGAGGCAUCUCCCAUCUCCGGCCUGCUUGUGCAAUCCGGGAACAUCCGCAACCAUGGUGAACUUCACCGUAGACCAGAUCCGUGCGAUCAUGGACAAGAAGUCCAACAUCAGAAACAUGUCUGUGAUUGCCCACGUGGACCACGGCAAAUCCACCCUCACCGACUCCUUGGUGUGUAAAGCCGGUAUCAUCGCCAACGCCAGAGCGGGAGAGACGAGGUUUACCGACACGCGCAAAGAUGAGCAGGAACGCUGCAUCACCAUCAAGUCUACGGCUAUUUCCAUGUACUACGAGCUGACAGAAAAUGACAUGGCCUUCAUCAAGCAGUGCAAGGAUGGCUCCGGCUUCCUUAUCAACUUGAUCGAUUCCCCAGGGCACGUGGACUUCUCCUCCGAAGUGACCGCUGCAUUGAGAGUAACAGACGGAGCUCUCGUGGUGGUUGACUGCGUAUCCGGUGUCUGUGUGCAGACAGAGACUGUCUUGCGUCAGGCUAUUGCCGAGAGGAUUAAGCCCGUGCUGAUGAUGAACAAGAUGGACCGCGCUCUCCUGGAGCUGCAGUUGGACCCAGAAGAACUGUACCUGACCUUCCAGCGCAUUGUGGAAAACGUCAACGUUAUCAUCUCCACGUACGGAGAGGGAGAAACUGGUCCCAUGGGAAACAUCAUGAUUGACCCAGUUAUUGGUACUGUUGGCUUCGGAUCCGGUCUGCACGGCUGGGCUUUCACCCUGAAGCAGUUUGCCGAAAUGUACGUUGCCAAAUUUGCUGCCAAAGGUGAAAAGUCUCAGCUCCCUCCUGCCGAACGCGCAAAGAAAGUAGAAGACAUGAUGAAGAAACUGUGGGGAGACAAGUACUUCGAUCCAGCUGCCGGUAAAUUCAGCAAAUCAGCCUCCUCUGCCGAUGGGAAGAAACUUCCUCGCACAUUCAGUCAGCUCAUCUUGGACCCAAUCUUUAAGAUAUUUGAUGCCAUCAUGAACUUUAAGAAGGAUGAAACUGCCAAACUGGUGGAGAAACUGGACAUUAAGCUUGAUUCGGAGGACAAAGAAAAGGAGGGCAAACAACUUCUUAAGGCUGUGAUGCGCCGCUGGCUGCCAGCUGGUGAAGCUUUGCUUCAGAUGAUCACAAUUCACCUGCCUUCCCCCGUGACGGCUCAGAGAUACCGUUGUGAAUUGCUGUACGAGGGACCUCCUGACGAUGAAGCUGCUAUGGCUGUCAAGAACUGUGACCCCAAAGGACCACUCAUGAUGUACAUCUCAAAGAUGGUCCCCACCACCGACAAAGGACGUUUCUAUGCUUUCGGCCGUGUGUUCUCCGGAGUCGUGUCAACUGGCCUGAAAGUGCGUAUUAUGGGACCCAACUACACCCCUGGAAAGAAGGAGGACUUGUACCUUAAACCUAUCCAGAGAACCAUUCUGAUGAUGGGACGUUACGUUGAGCCCAUUGAGGAUGUCCCUUGCGGUAACAUCGUCGGACUUGUUGGUGUUGACCAGUUCUUGGUGAAGACUGGAACCAUCACAACCUUCGAGCACGCUCACAACAUGAGGGUGAUGAAGUUCAGUGUCAGCCCUGUCGUGCGUGUGGCCGUAGAAGCAAAAAACCCUGCCGACCUCCCCAAGCUAGUAGAAGGCUUGAAGCGUUUGGCCAAGUCUGAUCCUAUGGUUCAGUGUAUAAUUGAAGAGUCCGGGGAACACAUCAUCGCAGGUGCCGGAGAACUGCACUUGGAAAUUUGCCUUAAGGAUCUUGAAGAAGACCAUGCCUGCAUCCCAAUCAAGAAAUCGGACCCCGUUGUCUCAUAUCGUGAGACAGUGAGUGAGGAAUCCUACCAGCUCUGCUUGUCCAAGUCUCCCAACAAGCACAAUCGUCUGUACGUGAAAGCCAGACCAUUCCCAGACGGCUUGGCCGAGGACAUCGACAAGGGCGACGUGAGCGCCCGCCAGGAGCUGAAGCUGCGCGCCCGUUACCUGGCCGAGAAGUAUGAGUGGGACGUGACAGAAGCCCGUAAGAUCUGGUGCUUUGGCCCCGACGGAACAGGACCCAACAUCUUGGUCGACGUCACCAAAGGAGUCCAGUAUCUCAAUGAGAUUAAGGACAGCGUUGUGGCCGGAUUCCAGUGGGCCACCAAAGAGGGUGUUCUGUGCGAGGAGAACAUGAGAGGCGCUCGCUUCGACGUCCACGAUGUUACCUUGCACGCUGACGCCAUCCAUCGUGGUGGCGGCCAGAUCAUCCCCACCGCCAGGAGAGUGUUUUAUGCGGCUGCUCUCACCGCCCAGCCCAGGCUGAUGGAACCCAUCUAUCUCGUGGAGAUCCAGUGUCCCGAGCAGGUGGUCGGUGGAAUCUAUGGUGUGUUGAACAGGAAGCGCGGCCAUGUGUUUGAAGAAUCCCAGGUCGCCGGAACACCCAUGUUUGUCGUAAAGGCUUAUCUUCCCGUCAAUGAAUCCUUCGGUUUCACUGCAGAUUUGAGGUCCAACACUGGUGGCCAGGCUUUCCCGCAGUGCGUGUUCGACCACUGGCAGAUUCUGCCCGGGGAUCCCUUCGACACCACUUCUCGCCCCUGCCAAGUUGUUGCCGAAACCCGCAAGCGCAAAGGAUUGAAAGAAGGCAUCCCGGCCCUGGAUAACUACCUGGAUAAAUUGUAAUGUCGUCUCGAACGCUGGCAUCUCGUUUCACGAACUCAUCGUCACCGCGACCUGAAAUUUCUCAUUUACGUCUAGUCUCAUCACCCAGCUAAGGCCGGCACUAAACUGCUGACGACAACACAAAGGAUAGACUGUCCACGCUCCAGAAAAUUAAUAAAAAUGACAAAAGCCUUCCUAAAACGAAUAAAAUAUGUAAA